CACCGAGGACCCGGCGUGGGGGGCUCCAGUAGCAGCCGGUGGCAGCCGCUUGGGGGGCUCUGUGUCACUGGCACUUGUCCCUCUUGGUUCCCAGGGCCACGCCAGCUCCUGCCUGUGUGUGAUGGUGAUGUCCUAGAGGAGCUGCGGUUGCCCCGUCCCUGGAAGUGUCCAAGGAGAGGCUGGGCAAGUCGCAGAGCAACCUGGGCUGGUGGAAGGUGUCCCUGUCGCAGGGUUGGAACGCAAAGACCCUUAAGGUCCCUUCCAAUCCAAACUGUUGUGUGAUCCCGAGAUUCUGGAUGUCCCUGGGGAUCCCCUUGCCGGCUGCAUGAAGGGAUCUGGUGUGGGGGACAAGCCAGGUACAUGAAUCAAGGGCAGCCAGGCACUCAGGGUCCUGCCUUUUCAUGCCACAAACAGCUCCCAAAAUGCAGCUGCCAGUGCCCGAAGGACCCAGCCAGGGGACAGACACCUGUGGCGCAGCAGCAGGAGGUACAAGGACCAUUCUUUCUCUUUCUCUUUCCUUCUGGGAAGAGCUGUGCUGCGGGUGAAAUAUUUUCAGGCUGAACUCAUCCUCCCCAUGCUUCUGCACGCUCACAAUGGAAAAGGAUUUUCGGAGCCCGGGCUGUGGCCGAGCUAUCUUUACCCGGGGUUGCUCAGCCCUCUGCUCUGUGUAUUGUGUGGCCUUUUCUCAGGAUGGAUCCUGGCUCCGGGCCUAAACCAGCGGGACACAAAAUCCAAGUCAGCUGGCAUUCCUCAGGCAGACGGGCGCUAUCAGCAUCUCCGCUCUCCUUGAAACAUUCCCUCUGCUCGGGAGGAGGGAAAAUAACGCUGCUGCUGCUGCCGUGGGAACAGCGUGAUCGCCUCCCUGCUUCCCUCUCGCAUCCCGGCUGGUGCUGCUGCUGCUGCGUGCCUCCUCCACGGGCAGGAGUUUUUGGGGGGCGGGACGGGGCUGGCGCAGCCGCCGCUCCCCGCCGUGGCCCUGGGUGCGAGCGCCGCGUUUUGGGUGCCAGGGGCCGGGCUGUGGCCAGCCCGGAGCGCCCCGAGGGCCACCAGCCCUGGGCUCCAGCUGCCACCUGCUGGUCUCCUCGGCCUGGUCCUCCCGGCCAGGGAGAGAGCCUUUUUUGGGGAUAACUUCGGCCGGCGCCUUCCCUUUGCUGCUGGGGAAUUGGAAACCAUUGCCUCUGGUGCCAUCUGCCCCGAGGCUCCAGCUCGUUUAAAAUCUCAUUAAAAUGCCUUUCCCCCACCAGUUUCAUCCAGAUAUGAAGGAUGCUGGAGGGAAACUUUUCUUUUGGUGGGCAUGAGGAUUUUUAAAUUUUUUUUUUUUUUUUUUGGCCUGCUCCCUGCCUUUGCCCACCCCACCGGGAUGAAGCCAGCCCCUCUUGUGGGGCCCUGUGCCACAUCCUGGCGCCAGCUGCCAGUUUUGCUGGCCUUGCCCAAACCCCCAGCAGCGUUUUUGCACCAUCCUCGUGGUUUAUGACGCUUUGCCUGCUUUUGGGGGGCCGCCGGCAGGGAGCCGGCGUGGCCGUGAGCCGAGGGGCCGGCGGUACCGGUGUGCCGGCGCUUGCAGCAGGAAUUUUUUGGCUGGCCAGGGCUAAGGGAGCUUGCUCACCCGCUGGCCAGCGGCCAAAUGGCAUGGCUGGGUGGCUGCCAGCGCUCGCAUUAAUAGCUGCCAGCUUGCGGUUUGAGGUCACCCGUUCUUUCCAGUCUUUCAUUUCCACCUCCAUGGGCGCCUGGGGGGCUCCGCGGCCGCUCCCUGCCCGCGCCCCUCUUUGUCGGGAGAGCCCCUGAGCUUCACUGGGAGUCGGGACAGCGCCGGCCCGUGCCGGAGCAUCCCUGCUGAGCGGCCCCGGAGGGCAGCAGGAGACACGCCGGCACCCGGGGGACACCUUCACCCCUGUGGGUCUCCUCUGCUCCUCAGGAUGUCACGCAGGGGACCGGGAAUACCUUCCCAGCACCCCUCGAUGCAAAAAUAACACCGCUUUGGGGAGGCGAGGCUGGCCUGGGACGCACACCCUGUGUCCCUCUGGAGAGGGGAUGCCAGUGACGGCAGCAUGGGGGAUGCCUCUGGCUGCCCAAAUCCCCAGGGAUCUGCGGCCAGGCGUCCGCUGCUGGCAGGACGAGGCCAGGCGCGGCCGCUGCGAGGUGGGACACGCGUGGGUGGGACCCCCGGGAGGGGACAGCAGCACGGCCGAGGGAUGGCUCCGGCGGGCUGCGAGCCGCGCAGCUGGAGGAGGAGGAGGCGCAGCAGCAGCAGGAGGAGGAGGAGGAGGAGGGCGGCGGUGCCCGAGCGGCCGCCCCCGUCCCGCCCCGCCGCAGCUGCCGGGCACCGGGCAGGCGGCGGCGCGCAUGGAGGCGGCGGCGGCCCCGGCCCCGGGCGGCGGCCCCGGUACCCUGCUGCUCUGCCUGGCCCUCGCCUCCGGCUUGGCGUUCUUCAGCUGCGUGGGCGCCGACACCAACGUCACGGCCGGGCACGGCCCCGAGGGGCUCAGCUGCGGCACAGCCAAGGGAUGCACAGGGAACGGCACGCAGCUGCGGCGGCAGAGCCACUUCUCCCGGUGCCCGGAGGAGUACCAGCACUACUGUGUCAAGGGCAGGUGCCGCUUCCUCGUGGCCGAGCAGGCGCCAGCGUGUGUGUGCGAGAGGGGCUACACCGGGGCUCGCUGCGAGAGGGUGGAUCUGUUCUACCUGCGAGGGGACCAGGGCCAGAUCGUCAUCAUCUCCCUGAUCGUCGCCAUCGCCGCCCUCAUCAUCCUCGUCGUCGGCAUCUGCCUCUGCAGCCACCACUGUCGGAGGCAGCGUAGGAAGAGGAAGGCAGAAGAGAUGGAAACGCUAAACAAGGAUGGACCUUCCAGAAGCGAAGAUGUGCGGGAAACGGGCAUCGCGUGAAGGAGCUCCCGGUACCUGCGGGCGGGUCCCGGACGGCACAGCGGCGGCUGGCUCCAUGGGCGAGGGCUAAAGCGUGCAGCGGCUUGAAUAAAGGGGUGACGCAAAGGUG